GUCGGCUAAAAAUGCGAUAAAGAAAAAUCGAGACUGGCGAGCCAAACGAGAAAAGUGAAUGUUGUGUCGCGAAUUGUGUUCACAAACCUUCCCAACUUCGCAUAGGUUGGGCGUCCCAAGCAGUCGAUCCGCAACUGAUAAAAUAGCGCACUAAAUUCGCGAGCUUUACCAACCAGAGAACAAAAUUAAAAAAAAGCUAACACAAAAUUGUAUAUAAACACAUAUACAAAUAUAACUGUACAGUCCAAUCAGUGGAAAACAUCACUAUGGCAUUCCGUGUGGCUGGACUCUUUCUGAAAAAGGAGCUUGUCGCUCCUGCGACACAGCAGCUGCGCUUUCUGCGGACUUCUAGGAUUGCCAACGCUCAGUUUCUGGUCAACUCACCCAAUACAGUUCUUGACAAGAGCAUCCUGCAGCGCUACCGAAACCUUGAGACUCCUGCCAAUCGUGUUCAGGCCACAUACCUCUGGAUCGAUGGCACUGGCGAGAAUAUCCGUCUUAAGGAUCGUGUACUGGACAAAGUGCCCAGCUCUGUAGAGGACCUGCCCGACUGGCAGUACGACGGCAGCUCCACUUACCAGGCGCAUGGCGAGAACUCGGACACAACCCUGAAGCCUAGAGCCGUCUAUCGGGAUCCUUUCAAGCCAGGAAAGAAUGACAUUAUCGUCAUGUGUGACACAUAUAAUGCCGAUGGAAAACCAACUCCCUCCAAUAAGCGUGCCGCGUUCCAGGAUGCUGUCAACAAAGUUACCGACCAGGAGCCAUGGUUUGGCAUUGAACAGGAGUAUACAUUGCUCGACGUCGACGGCCGUCCGUUUGGUUGGCCCGACAACGGAUUUCCAGCUCCACAGGGGCCCUACUACUGUGGUGUGGGUGCCGAUCGAGUCUAUGCCCGUGAUCUCGUCGAAGCGCACGCUAUCGCCUGCCUGUACGCUGGCAUUGACUUUGCCGGCACCAACGCGGAGGUGAUGCCUGCACAGUGGGAAUACCAGGUAGGACCCAGCAAUGGAAUGAAAGCCGGUGAUGAUCUCUGGGUGUCGCGCUAUAUCCUGCAACGUAUUGCUGAGGAGUACGGUGUAGUCGUCACAUUCGAUCCCAAGCCAAUGGAGGGUCAGUGGAACGGAGCGGGUGCCCACACAAACUUCUCCACAAAGGCGAUGCGUGCCAAUGGAGGCAUGAAGGCCAUUGAGGAGGCUAUCGAGAAGCUAAGCAAACAUCAUCAACGUCACAUCAAGGCCUACGACCCCAAGGAGGGCAAGGAUAACGAGCGUCGUCUGGUCGGACGCCUGGAGACCUCAAGCAUCGACAAAUUCUCAUGGGGCGUGGCUAAUCGCGCCGUCAGUGUUCGUGUUCCACGAGGCGUAGCAACAGCUGGCAAAGGCUACUUAGAGGAUCGUCGUCCCAGCUCCAAUUGUGACCCUUAUGCCGUCUGUGGGGCGAUAGUGCGUACGUGUCUACUAAACGAAUAAACCAGCUAUAUGUGGGCGUUCAAGUUUCAAUGAUGUAGAUAUCUAGCUGAAAUUACAGCAGGUGGACUUUCUAUCUGUACAGUUUGGCUAUCGUUCUCCUUUGAUUAAGAUCAAGAAUUAUGUUUUGCUUGCGUGUGUAAAAAGACAGAAUAGGUUGAAGAACAGAAAUAUGUGGUUAGCAUUUAAGUAAGUCAAAUAAGCGAUGAUGAAAAUGAAAUAAAACUGAAACUAAAACUAAAA